CGGCCUGGUUCUUUCUUUAACAAGAUGGCGGCAGGAAGUAAUGGUGGUGGUAGUGAGCAGUGCUCGAAAAGCGAGGCCGAUACCGGCUUCUUGGGGCUGCGGCCCACGUCAGUGGAUCCAGCGCUGAGGAGGCGGCGGCGAGGCCCAAGAAAUAAGAAGCGAGGCUGGCGGCGGCUCGCUCAAGAGCCUCUGGGACUGGAGGUCGAUCAGUUCUUGGAGGACGUGCGGCUGCAGGAGCGCACGAGCGGUGGCUUGAUAUCAGAGGCCCCCGAUGAGAAACUUUUCUUCGUGGACACUGGCUUCAAGGAUAAAGAGCUGAACAGGAAGAGGACCAAAGGCCAAAAGAGGUCACUGCUUCUCAAGAAGCCCCUCCGGAGCGACCUCAUCCUAGAAAACACCUCCAAGGUCCCUGCUCCCAAAGACGUCCUCGCCCACCAGAUUCCCAACGCCAGGAAGCUCAAGCGGAAGGAGCAGCUAUGGGAGAGGCUGGCGAAGCAGGGCAAGCUGCCCGGGGAGGUACGCAGGGCGCAGGCCCGGCUCCUCAACCCGCCAGCGGCCAGAGCCAAGCCUGGGCCCCAGGACACCGUCCAGCGGCCCUUCUACGACCUCUGGGCCAAAGGCAACCCUCUGGACCAGCCCUUGGAGGGCCAGGAUGAGUUUUUCCUGGAGCAGACCAAGAAGAAAGGCGUGAAGCGGCCGCAGCAUCUGCACGCCAAGCCCUCCCAGGCACCUGCCGUGGAGGUGACGCCCGCUGGGGCCUCGUACAACCCAGCCUUUGAGGACCACCAGAACCUGCUCUGGGCGGCCCACGAGGUGGAGCUGCAGCGGGAGAAGGCGGCUGAGAAGCUGGAGCGGCAGCUGGCCCUGCCGGCCUUGGAGCAGGCUGCCACCCAGGAGUCUGCCUUCCGGGAGAUGUGCCAGGGGCUGCUAGAGGAGUCGGACGGGGAGGGCGAGCUGGGCGAGGGCCAGGACGAGGGGCCCGAGGCUGGAGACCUGGCUGCAAGAGCGGAGGCCUCGCCCGCGCCCGGCCGCCCGGCUGCCCUAGAGAAGAAGACAGAGCAGCAGCGGCGGCGGGAGAAGGCCGCCCGGAUGCUGAGGACACAGCAGGCCGCGGUGCGGGCCGCCCGCCUCCGGCACCAGGAGCUCUUCAGGCUGCGCGGGAUCAAGGCGCAGGUGGCGCGGCGCCUGGCGGAGCUGGCCCGGCGGCGGGAGCGGCGGCAGGCAAAGCGGCUGGCGGAGGCGGACAAGCCCCGGCGGCUGGGGCGGCUCAAGUAUCAGGACCCUGACAUCGACGUGCAGCUCAGCUCGGAGCUCUCUGACUCGCUCAGGACCCUGAAGCCCGAGGGCAACAUCCUCCGUGACCGGUUCAAGAGCUUCCAGAGGAGGAACAUGAUCGAGCCUCGGGAGCGAGCCAAGUUCAAGCGCAAGUACAAAGUGAAACUGGUGGAGAAGCGGGCGUUCCGAGAGAUCCAGUGAGUGAGUCUCCCUCUCCCCAAGGGUCUCCAGCCAGUCCCAGGGCCGUCCCAGACCCAGUCGCUGUGGCCGGGGGUGGAGCAAUGCCACCUCGGCCAAGCCCAGGAGAGGCUCAACCCGCCAGAGCCACCGGACCCCAGGGUCGGGCCAGGGAGGGCGCCCCAGGGGACGUGGGAGGGCCACACUGGAAGAAGGGUGUCACGUGGACAAGGGUGUCGGGCCCCCUCCCCUGGCCCUCCCUCAGCCUCCCCUCUGUCCCCAGGUUGUAGCUGCCGAGAGACGCCGGAGCCCCCACCCCCCAAUAAAGCACCUUUUGACCAGCA